CCGAGGUCUCCUGAACCCUGGAGUGGGCUUGGGUAGUCCAGAGCCCUCUUUCCUCAUUGAGAACUUCUUUUGUCAUCCUGAUCUAUUGGGAGCCAUAUUAACAGUGCGGAAAGUGGGGUGACCUGGAGAAAAAUUAAAAUGCGAUUUAAAAAAAUACAAUGUUACCUACUUUUUCCACCUGAAAUGAAUUUAUAUGUAAAUUACAUCUUGAAAGGCCCAAAGAUCAGGCUCCAAGGCUCUGUCUUCUGCCUUCGCCUGGCACUCAGAAUAAGAGUUUGGUGUGAUGAUAAGUUUACCAAGUGGAGGUCGACUCCCCAAAACAUCACCCAGGACCCCUCCUGCCCAUGGAGCAGGCAUUCACCAUGGCUGAGCCUCGGAGCCCUGUAGACCAUGGAGUCCAGAUUCGCUUCAUCACAGAACCAGUGGGUACUACAGAGAUGGGCACCCCGCGUCAUGGGGGGCGACGCCCAGCUAAGGAUGCAAGAGCCAGUACCUAUGGGGUAGCUGUGCGUGUGCAGGGCAUCGCUGGACAGCCCUUUGUGGUGCUCAACAGCGGGGAGAAAGGUGGCGACUCCUUUGGGGUCCAAAUCAAGGGACCCAACAACCAAGGCGCCCCGGGAGCUCUGAGCUCCGACUCCGAACUCCCUGAGAGAUCCUACUCUCGGGCCGAGCAGUUUUCUGGCCGCUUGCAGGACAGCAUGUCUGAUGAGGAGCCUGGGCCCCACUGGAAUGGACGACUCCUCCGCUCCCAGUCCCAGGCCUCGCUGACAGGCCCUGCCCCUAUGGAUCCUGGCAACAGGAGCACCAGCAUGCUGGAGCUGGUCCCCCAAGGAGCUUCCCCAGGGAGCACCAUUGAUACUGCUCAUCUCUCUUCAGUGGACUCACUCAUCAACAAGUUUGACAGUCACCAUGGGGGCCAGGCCCGGGGCCGGACUGGCCGCCGCAUGCGUUCAGUGCCCCCUGAACAGCGCAAGCGGAGCCAGAGCCUGGACAACCGGCUCCCACGGGACACCCUUGAGGAACGGGAACGGCGGUCUCCCACCCACUGGAGCCCUAGCACAAAGCACGGCAACCACAUGGGCAGCUUGAAACAACCAGUACAGAGCCAGAGCCCUCUCAGUGGCUUUAGCCGUUCCCGUCAGACCCAGGACUGGGUCCUUCAGAGUUUUGAGGAGCCACGAGGAAAAACACAGGACCCUGCAAUGCUGCAGCUCAAAUCAACUCCAGACCUUCUUCGAGAUCAGCAGGAGGCAACCCCACCAGGCAGUGUGGACCAUGUGAAGGCCACCAUCUAUGGCAUCCUGAGGGAGGGAAGCCCAGAAAGUGAACUGUCUGUGAGGAGGAAAGUCAGUUUGGUGCUGGAGCAGAUGCAGCCUCUGGUGAUGGCUUCUUCUGGUUCUGCUAAGGCUCUGGCAGGGCAGGGUGAACUCACUCGAAAAGUGGAGGAGCUACAGCAAAAGCUGGAUGAAGAGGUGAAGAAGCGGCAGAAACUAGAGCCAUCCCGGGUUGGGCUGGAGCGGCAGCUGGCGGAGAAGGUGGAAGAGUGCAGCCGACUGCAGCAGCUGCUGGAGAGGAGGAUGGGGGAGGCCCAGCAGAGCACUAAGGAGCUCCAGAACAUGAAGCUCCUCCUGGACCAGGGUGAAAGGGUACGACAUGGGCUGGAGACCCAGGUGAUGGAGCUGCGGGACAAGCUGAAACAUGCCCAGGGUCCCGAGCCUGCUAAGGAAGCACUAAUGAAGGACCUGUUAGAGACCCGGGAACUUCUUGAAGAGGUCUUGGAGGGGAAACAGCGGGUAGAGGAGCAGCUGAGGCUGAGGGAGCGGGAAUUGACAGCCCUGAAGGGGGCCCUGAAGGAGGAGGUGGCCUCCCGUGACCAGGAGGUGGAGAAUGUCCGACUGCAGUACCAGAGAGAUGCAGAGCAGCUUCGUCGGAGCAUGCAAGAUGCAACCCAGGACCAUGCAGCCUUAGAGGCUGAGAAGCAGAGGAUGUCUGCCCUGGUGCGGGGGCUGCAGAGGGAGCUGGAGGAGACCUCAGAGGAGACAGGGCAUUGGCAGAACAUGUUUCAGAAGAACAAGGAGGAGCUUAGAGCCACCAAGCAAGAACUGCUGCAGCUGCGUAUGGAGAAGGAGGAGAUGGAAGAGGAGCUUGGGGAGAAGAUAGAGGCCUUACAAAGGGAAUUAGGGCAGGCCCGAGCUGGUGCUGGAGAUCCUCGCCAGGUGGAGGAGCUCAAGAAGGAGCUGCGCCGGACACAAGAGGAACUUAAGGAGCUGCGGGCAGAGCUGCAGAGCCAGGAGGUGGCUGGACGACACCGGGAGCGGGAAUUGGAGAAGCAGCUGAGGGUCGAGGCUGAUCGAGGCCGGGGGCUGGAACAGCAGAACGUCCAGCUACAAAAGACCCUCCAGCAACUGAGACAGGACUGUGAAGAGGCUUCCAAGGCUCAGAUGGCAGCAGAGGCAGAGGCAGCAGUGCUGGGGCAACGUCGGGCAGCAGUGGAAACAACGCUUCGGGAGACCCAGGAGGAAAAUGACGAAUUCCGACGGCGCAUCCUGGGUCUGGAGCAGCAGCUGAAGGAAGCUCGAGGCCUGGCGGAGGGUGGGGAAGUGGCGGAGGCACGGCUUCGGGACAAGGUGCAGCGGCUAGAGGCAGAGAAGCAGCGGCUAGAGGAGGCCCUGAAUGCAGCUCAGGAAGAGGAAGGGAGCCUGGCAGCAGCCAAGCGGGCACUGGAAGUGCGGCUGGAUGAGGCCCAGCGUGGGCUGGCCCGCAUGGGGCAGGAGCAGCACGCACUAAACCGAGCCCUUGAGGAGGAGGCGAAGCAGCGGGAGGUGCUCCGGCGGGGCAAGGCUGAGCUGGAAGAGCAGAAGCGCUUGCUGGACAGGACUGUGGACCGACUGAACAAGGAGCUGGAACAGAUUGGGGACGACUCUAAGCAAGCCCUGCAGCAGCUCCAGGUCCAAUUGGAGGAUUACAAGGAAAAGGCCCGGCGGGAGGUGGCAGAUGCCCAGCGCCAGGCCAAGGAUUGGGCCAGUGAAGCUGAGAAGACCUCUGGGGGUCUGAGCCGGCUUCAGGAUGAGACCCAGAGACUGCGGCAGGCCCUGCAGGAUUCCCAGGCAGAUCGGGACGCAGCCCGUCUGGACAAGGAACUGCUGGCCCAGCGGCUGAAGGAACUGGAGCAAGAGGCGGAGAACAAAAAGCGCUCCCAGGAUGACAGGACCCGGCAAUUCAAGGGCCUUGAGGAAAAAGUCUCAAGGCUGGAGGGAGAGUUAGAUGAGGAGAGGAACGCUGUGGAGCUGCUGACCGACAGGGUGAAUCGCGGCCGGGACCAGAUAGACCAGCUAAGGACAGAGCUCAUGCAGGAGAGAUCUGCUCGGCAGGACCUGGAGUGUGACAAGAUCUCCCUGGAGAGACAGAACAAGGACUUGAAGAGCCGGUUGGCCAGCUCAGAAAGCUUCCAGAAGCCCAACACCAGCCUCUCUCAGCUUGAAUCCCAGAAUCGGGAGUUGCAGGAGCGUCUGCAGGCUGAAGAGAGGGAGAAGACAGUCCUGCAGUCCACCAACCGAAAACUGGAGCGAAAGGUUAAAGAGCUGUCCAUCCAGAUUGAUGAUGAGCGGCAGCAUGUCAAUGACCAGAAAGACCAGCUAAGCCUGAGGGUGAAGGCUUUGAAGCGGCAGGUGGAUGAAGCAGAAGAGGAAAUUGAGCGACUGGACGGCCUGAGGAAGAAGGCCCAGCGUGAGCUGGAGGAGCAGCAUGAGGUCAAUGAACAGCUCCAGAAUCGAAUCAAAGCUCUGGAGAAGGACUCCUGGCGCAAAGCUUCCCGCUCAGCUGCUGAGUCAACCCUCCAACACGAAGGGCUGAGCUCAGAUGAGGAAUUCGACAGUGUGUAUGAUCCUUCCUCCAUCGCAUCACUGCUUACGGAGAGCAACCUGCAGACCAGCUCCUGUUAGUUCGAGGUCCACAAGGCCCAGAAACCACGGCUUGAGGCCUGUCCUGGCCAGCCCUGCUCUGCCCUGCCUCAGAUUCCUCAUUCUUGCAGGGGACCCAAUCAUUCAGACCUGAGACAGGGAGGGGUGUGAGUGAUGGUGAUAAAAGGGUAUCAGCGCUAAGGUGGUAGAUGGACUUUCCUUUUCCUCUGGGGGAGUGGGUAUUUUAGACCACCUGAGCCCUUAAGUGCCGAGCCCUCCCUCUCCUCUCUUACAGAGGCAGGAUGGUCAGCAUAUAGAUUGAGGGGGAUUGAGCAGGACAGGGAGAGAAAUUGCCAUGUAUGUAAAGCUUUAUUUCUUUAGCCCUUAACCCUUAGGCUCAGGGAAAUACCCUAGGUGAUUCUGCUCCCUUGACUCCUGUAACCUACUUUCCUCCCACUCUGGAGCAGGGUGAGGGGAAUGUUAUAAGUAAUGGACACGCUGGCGUGGUUCUACCUGCUCCUCAAUGCUCCUUUUUGCACAGUCAUGGGGCCCAUAUGGUAGCCCCCACUGCCCUCCAGUCCUAUUUUUUUGUCUUCCCCAAGCAAGUGGAUCCAGGAGACCCUUUCUCCUUCCCUUUCCAUCUUCACCACUCCUAAAUUCCUUCUUUCCUCUCAGUGCCUUAGCCACAGCGAGGACAUAAGGAUGCUCUUCUUGCCUUUUAUACCUGCACAUUCAUACCUCUCCAAGGACCAGCCUUUUCCCAUCUGGGGCCCUCAGCCUUUCCUGCAGCCCCAGUGACUGGUCGAGAGAGCUACUGGCUUCUCUGCCGAUAAGCCCCUCUGAGAGGGACUUUGGUAGCGCCAUAAUGAGAUGCUGGGGCCUGGUUCUGCUCAGGGUUUCCAUCCUUCCUCCUCUCCCUCUGUGACUAUGGAUGGGUUUAUAAGGUGGUUGUACCUGGGAACCCUGAUAACUGUCAACACGAGUUGAAAAGCAAAGGUUUCAGUCCUCCCUGUAGCCUUUCUUGUGGUUUCUCUGACCAGAUAUGCCCAUCCUCAGUGGGGAACCGAAGGACCCUCGUCUCAGGAGCUUGGACCUGAUACAGGGCUUCCUAACUGGGGCUAGAGGCUGACACUUGGUAGAAACGGGAAGAGGCAAUGGAGGAUCUAUUCCUCCUUUGGGUUUUGGGGUGAGCCCAAAGGGGAGGAGGUAAGGGAGAUGAUUCACCUCAUUUCCUAAGCAGGCUCUGUGAAGAGCCUGGGGGAAGAAGAAGGCUGUUCUAACCAAUGACUUGUAAUUUCAUGAUUUAAAAAAUUUUCUGCAAAUCAGAUAUUUUCUCCCAAACCAAUCCAGCC